CCUGCCCGCCUGUCUGUCUGUCUGUCUGCCUGCCUGCCCGGUCGCUUGACUUCUCCUGUCUGUCCCCCUACCUGACCAGCCCUUGCCUGAUGUCUGUCCUUCCCUGGUUCGGCCUAUUGGCCCCUGCCCCGCGAUGACUAUCUUCUGUCCGCGUGUGACCUCUUUGGGGUGUGACUGACCACUGCGUGGCCUGCCUGCCCAGAGCCCAGCUUCCAUCGCCCAGGUGACAGGUCGUAUGCCUGUCUGGUUGGUGACUCGGGGUCUGCUCUCUCAGACCCUCGUCUCCCACCACACGGAACCCAGCUGCCACCCCUGGGGACCCCCUGGAUCGCCCCGAACUCACGAAUGGAUUUCUGAAGGAGAAGCUGAAAUAGCAGGCCCCCGAGAGUCAGCAUGCUGCGUGGCUGGGCCGCUGCUCUGCUCCUGCUGGUGUUCCAGGGCGCCUGGGGUUGCUCAGACCUUGUCUGCUACACCGAUUACUUCCAGACGGUCACCUGCUUCCUGGAGACGUGGACCUUUCACCCCAGCACUCUCACCCUCACCUGGCAAGACCUGUUCGGAGAACUGGAGGACGAGGUCACCUCCUGCAGCCUCCGCCGGUCCAGCCACAAUGCCACGCAUGCGAAGUACACGUGCCACAUGGAUGUGUUCCACUUCAUGGCCGACGACAUUUUCAGCGUCAACAUGACAGACCAGUCUGGCAACCACUCCCAGGAGUGUGGCAGCUUUGUCCUGGCCACGAGCAUCAAGCCGUCUCCUCCUUUCAACGUGACCGUGACCUUCUCGGGACGUUAUAACAUCUCCUGGAGCUCCAAUUAUGAUCUGUACGGACUCAAGGGCAAACUUCAGUAUGAGCUGCGGUACAGAAAGCAGGGAGACCUCUGGACGCUGAGUCCAGGGAGAAAGCUGAUCUCAGUGGAUACGAGAAGUGUCUCCCUCCUUCCCUUGGAGUUCCACGGAGACUCCAGCUAUGAGCUGCAGGUGCGGGCAGGGCCCCAGCCCGGCUCCUCCUUCCAGGGGACCUGGAGCGAGUGGAGUGACCCGGUCAUCUUUCACACCCAGCCAGAAGAGACGAAGGGAGGCUGGCACACGGACCUGCUGUACCUCGCCCUCGUCUUCACGCUCCCCAUCCUUGUCUACUUAGGUCUGAAGAUCCGCCUGCCUUGGAGGCUGUGGAAGGUGUGGGUGCAGGUGCCCAGCCCAGAGCCAUUCUUCCAGCACCUGUAUGUGAACCACAGAGGAAACUUCAAGAAAUGGGUGGGUACACCCUUCAGUGCCUCCAGCCUGGAGCUGAGCCCCUGGAACUCAGGGGUGCCCUCGACCCUGGAGAUAUACAACUUUUGCCCACCGCUGAAUGCAGUCCAGGGUCCGGAGGCCACCCUGCUGCCGACCACGCUGUUGCCGGGGCCUGCGGACCUGGUGGAAGCCGACGGGGUGCCUGAGCCGGGCUCCUGGGGCCCCGCCCCCUCCACGGCGGGCAGCGGGGGCAGCUCAGCUUACCAGGAGGGGGACCGGCCCUAUGGCCUGGUGUCCAUCGACACGGUGACCGUGGCGGAUACAGAGGAGCCAUGUGCCUGGCCCUGUACCUGUGAGGAAGAUGGCUACCCAGCUCUGAACCUGGACGCUGGCCUGGAGCCUGGCGCAGGCACUGAGGACCCGCUCUUGGGUACUGAGGCCACAGUCUUGUCCUGUGGCUGCGUUGCAGCUGGUGGCCCUGCCGGGCUGGGGGGUCCCCUGGGCAGCCUCCUGGACAAACUGAUGCUGCCCCUUGAAGAUGAGGCUGGUUGGGCGCCAGGGCCGCCUUGGGGUAGUGGGCCAUCCAGAGGGGUGUGUGACAGUGAGGCGAGCUCGCCCCCCGCUGGCCUGGACAUGGACACGUUUGACAGCGGCUUUGCAGGCUCUGACUGCGGCAGCCCCGUGGAGUGCGACUUCACCAGCCCCAGGGACGAAGGGCCCCCCAGGAGCUACCUCCGCCAAUGGGUGGUCAUGGCUCCUCCCCCCGCAGGACCUGGGCCCCAGGCCAGCUAG